UUUUUGGCAGUCAAAACUCGUAAGUGGCUCCCCUAUUCAACCGUUUCUUGCUUUCUCAAGUAUACAUGCACAUACAUAACUCAAUGCUCAAUUGAAGGACAUCUAGAUCUAUUAGGCUAUCUAGCGUUUCUGUCUUGACAUUAUCCGAACGCUAUCUUGCCCUUUCUCUUAUAUUACCGAUCAUAGCGUUUGGAUAACUACCAGGUAAUCGCGUAAUAUGGACGUCGCCUAUAAGCAGCAUGCCAACCAGGCACGUCGGAAAAAUAGAUCGACUACGAACCUUCAGCACCUCUCUCUCGCACCUCUCACAUCUAGAUUCCCUCUAACCGAUCCCGAAGAGCUUCCCGAUUUUGGCGCUGCCUCAUUUCAACACCAACACAAUGUUUCCUACCUCCAAGGCAAAUCUGCCCCUACGACCCCUCGUUUACUCCAAUCUCCCUCCCAUACCCGAGCCAACUCGCCUAGCCGCCGCCGCCGCCCCUCCGCUCAUGACAUAUCGGAUGCAAAACUACCAAAGAGCAAGUCUACGACUCACCUAGCUGUAUCAAAUGCGAAGCGUGCUGGGUUAGGAUCAUUUUCACCUCUUCCACAUCAUCAUGCAUCAUCUGAUGCUAGAGGACGAGGCGAUAGCGAUUGGAUGUUACGCACUGGAGCCUUGAUCAGCUCAGAGACGCGAGAGUCUAAAGGCCAAGCCUGGCUCGUUUCGAGGCAAAGCUCGACUAGUUUGACCGGUAUGCGUGACGUUGAUGAUGAGGUAUACGAACGAGAGCUAGUCAGAGAGAGGGAACUUGCAAGCCGACGGGGUAGUCGUCGUGGCAGUGUUGCGAGCGCGGACGAUGACGUAUAUUCACCGAACAGCCGAUAUGGUAGCCGUUCGCAGAGUCGAGCUGGAAGUAGGUCCCACCUACGAACGCCCAUAGAGCGCCACGCACAUGACGGCUAUUUCAGUCAAGAAGUGCCAGCAGAGGAGUUUAUACAGGGACCGGACUUUGUGAGUCUGGACGAGAAACUGGAGGCCUUUGAGGUAGAUACGAGCAAAUCGGACGAGGCUGUUGUGCGGAAAUUAGUCAACGGAAAGAACGGAGGGAUGAGCUCGUGGAUGUGGUCUCUUUUCUCCGUCGAGGAGAACGACGAGGAAUCGGAUAAUGCCGAUGGCGAGUCUGACGGCGAGACGGAAGGAAGUCAUCUUCCACGUAGUGCGAGUACGGCGGAUUUCGAGCGCGUCUUGAAUAUCCCGGAAGAAAGAAUUCCGCCUCCAAAAUUAGACGAAGGCGGUUGGCAAGAUGCUGCAUGGCUCUUGAGCGUGGCGUCCAAAGUAUUGCUGUAGGAUCUGAGACAACGUUCGAUGUGAUGCUUUAUGGGGAACGCGAGGUGUUAGGACGGAUAUUGCAUCUGUCCUGCAUGUCAUGUCUAGAAGUGGGUAGGAUAUGUGAUAUUGGCAGCCAAUUCUCACGUUUGAGAGUAACACCGCAGCUGUGCUGAAAAACCACUCUACGACGGGAAGUUCAUCCCCCCAUUUCCGUAUGUUUAAAAAAGGGCGUAUACGUGUCUUGUGAAGAAGACAUCGACAUUCUGUUGCUACCAGUAAUAAAGCAUCGGAUUUCCUCAUUUGUUUGAUUGCAUGCUACCGUUGGUUUGAUAACUGCCCAAAUCAACGAUAUCUCACUGAUCUCGGUAGUCUUAGAUUCUAGACCAUGUAUGUAGGCCCUAGGUUAUCUAGUUGGUCAGUAUAUUAGAGAAAAUAUGCGACCUUAAGCGCCAUGU